CUACGCGUUUUCCUCCACUUUCGUCACGUUUCUUCCUUUUUACAUUUUUUUCUUCUUUCUUCGUUGAUGUGCGAUACUCGCGGGAUUGCGUUCGCGUUGUAGAAUAACGGGAAGCUGGCAGAGAAAAGGGGAGAAACGAAAAGAAAAGACAAGCGGGAGGAAAGUUUUUGACGAAACAAUGUUUCGCCCCGUGGGAGUGUGAGAUGCCGAGGAUCGGCUGAAAAUGCAGUGUUUCGCGUGCGAACGCAAUACUCGUCCACGUGUGCCACGGAAACAACGAUUUUGCCCGCCGCGGCUCGCUUAGAUUCCUCUAUCGAACGUUCCUGGGCACGUUCGCUCGCUGAGGUCGACGAAAAGUGCCGUCUGCCACGCAGUUGCUGAUAUUCGAUUCAACCAACAUGGGAACUAGAGCCGUUGCUGUGGGGGCGGCAUCAGGAGCUGCGGGAGUAUCUGGCGAGGCAGGUUUAGCCGGCGUACCCAGACUUCUGGAGGACCUGGCUCGACUUUCCGAGGACAAAGACACAGCUGACAUUGUCUUUCUGCUAGGAAGGGACGAGACACCGGUGUACGCUCACAGAAUUAUCCUCCAAGCGAGAUGCAAGAACUUCACAGCCGCGAAGAGGAUCGGAACACCUGGAAAUCCAACGUCAGUGCGUAUGCUACAUGCUCAUCCGGAGACCUUUCGACAAUUCAUUCACUAUAUAUACACAGGCAAGAUUAUGCUUCAGGACAGUGGCAUCUUCGAGAUGUUGGGACUUGCUCAAGAACUAGGAGUCGAGGAACUAUGGAGAAGUUGCGAGGAACAUGUCUCCGCUACGCUUAGUCCAGGAAACGCGUGUGCUCUUUUGACUGCCGCUCUGGAUGCCCAGGAGCGAGUUCCCGGUGGUAAGGGAGCUUGCUCUUCCUUCAUCGAAAGAUGUUUCGCUUUCAUUGGAGAAAAUGCUGUAGACACAGUGAAAACAACGGCGUUUUGUAAUCUUCCAAAGGAUGCACUGGUGAAACUUAUUUCUUCGGACUAUCUAGGAUUGGAGGAAGAAGAUGUUUGGAGAGCAGUACUGAACUGGGCAAAAUAUCAGGCAGGGGUGACGCAGCCUACUCAACACUGGACAGAGGAGGAACGUGUGAGGGUUUGCCAACAUUUAUCAGGAGUGAUAAAUCACGUUCGCCUGCUGCUAAUCGACAGCCAGGUCUUUGCGGAGGAAGUAGAGCCAACAGGAGCAGUGCCUAUAGAGCUUUCCUUGGAGAGGUACGAAUUUUUCAAUCCCGAUCGAUCAAGUGGCUCAAAACCCAUAAGAUAUAGGUAUGCAGCUCUACCAAACAAGUACGCGGAAAUCUGUACAGAUAAGAGGUUACAACCAAGAGUAAGUCCAUUCCUAUUUCCUGGGUCGCAAAUUCUGUCGCGAGACAAGGUGGGUUUCCAGCGUCUCCUCAAUCAGUGGUACGGAUCGCCAAAGCAAAGUUGGCGUUUGGUAUAUCGUGCCUCCAACCAUGAUUACUCUGCAACAGCAUUCCACCGACAUUGUGACGGGAUUUGCCCAACAUACGUAAUUGCGUUGGGAACUCGAGGAGAAAUUUGUGGUGGCUUUAGCGACGCGCCAUGGGGUAAAACGAAUGCUAAAGGGCACUAUAUCUCUUCAGAAAAAGCUUUCUUAUUUACUCUGACCAAUAACCAAGAUGUUCCUCCGACGAAAUACGACAUUGUAAAGAAGCCUUUUGCAAUUUGUUAUCAUCCGGACAUUGGACCAAUUUUCGGAGCAGGAGCUGAUUUACUAAUUUCUAGUAACUGCAACGUGAACAAGGAAAGCUAUAGUAAUCUUCCCCAUAGCUACGAUGGAGAACACGCCUCUAACACUGUACUUAUGGGAGACUACCAUUUUUUUGUAGUAGAUUACGAAGUGUUCACCCUGAGCCACCCAGCUCCCAAAUCUACUCAUUAACAAUAUAAAUAUUUUUCAUUCCAUGAGCUUGUACAUAUAUGGUUGCGUACUUUUUUCUUAAGAAUAGUAAGUUUAGGUAACACCGUUAGUAAGUUGUUCAAUUCAUAAAUGAGUAAAUUUUGAAUAUGAACAGGGUAUAAUUUUACGAAAAUAAAAAUGUAACUUUUUACGCUAUUCAAAAUAAAGAAUGAAUUAAACUUACUUUCGGUUUUUUCAGUGUUAACGAAUAGCCAAUGAGAACCAAUAUUGGCACUACAAUUAAAGACUCUAGCUCUCGAUAGAAUUAAAGUAUGCCAAACAAUGCUUUGUGGUCUGCAUAAUGAGUGUUUGAUAUGCUACGAACGCUACGGUGCAUACGCCGGUGCAUAGCCCGAUUCUCAAGGAACUCGUUAAACAUCGCGUUAAAUUGCCAUGAAAUGACUUCGAAAUCUAAUCUGUAUUACAGUGGCGCGUUCGAAAGUAAACGUGAAAUGUGAAAAUCCACGGAAAAAUGCGAACUACUGAGUAUGCAUUAGAGUAGAGUAUCAAAGACGCCGGUGACACGGAUGUAUGGUCGAUAAGUAAAAUCGUACCGAUUCUACUUAUCCUUGGUUGAAAUUUAAAUUUCAGUUUACUGCAAAACUGUGUGACAAUUCGAACCACGUACUCCAAUUAAAUAUGCAAAACAUGAAAAUUUAUUCACCACAUGAGCAUUAAUUGCCACUUUCUCUUUAAAUAAUUAAUUAGAAUACUCACCUUUUCCCUCCAUUUUUGUGCUUAUCCAUUGCUCCGAAACUUAUCCUAAAUUUCAUCCUCACAAUAGUUGACAGAAAGAUACAGUCGUUUCAUUCAGCUACGCUUUGCUUGACACAGUUUGUAACAGAACUGACUACGAACACGCAUUAUUGAAAAUUCACAUCAAAGUUUAUAACACGACAAGAUUAAUGUUCCAAUGAAAUAGAUACAACGCAAUGUUUGCCACUAACUGAACAAUUCAAACUGCACUUCGCUAGUCAAUGCCUAGUCAUUUCGAAUCAACAAUAUACUUUAAUCAUUUACGAAUAACAACUAAUAUAAUUUUAAAAAUUAAAAACUCCUAUAUAAUAAGAAGAAUGAUUAUUUCACUUAAGGAUUUUAAUCGAAAAUAUUACUUUAUUUUCAGAUUGAUGUAUUUCGUACUUUCGCGUGACUAAGACGGUUAAGCGUCCACUUCGAAUGUUCCAUUUUUCAUAUCUCGGUUCUGUGUUCCGUCUUUUCCGAUAGUUAGAAAAAGUGUAAUGGCGCGAAACUUCGUUGUUGCAUCUUUGUCUUAUUAUUUGUCAAUUAUAUGCGGAUACAUACUGCUUUGUAGGUGAGUUACGUAAUAAUAUAGAAUAUUGACUUUCCUCUACGCAGUUCGUGUAAUAUUUGCGGUUCUCGCAGAGGUAUUGCGAAAAUUCUGGUUGGUUCACGCACAUGCGAUUGCUUUUUAUGUGCGAACUAUACGGGCGCCUGUUGGAUGCACGACAUAUCUCAUAAAAAUAUAUUCUAUCGAAACUAACUCAUUUGAAUAUGAAUUUUUAAUAUUCUUCGCGAUGGCCUCGUCAGUUGCGUGUUUUUGCAUUUUCAUACGUUCACAAUUUAUGCCACAAUUAUGUUGAAUAGCCACGUCGGAAUGUUGCAAGUUAACACGGCCAUGUUUUCUAUCGAUUAAAUAUUCCGCGAGUCUUUAUUCUUGGUAUAUUGUCUUAAUCGUUAUCUUUAAAGUAAAUGUCUCUCCUGAAAUGAAUGAAAUAUCUCGAACGUUAAUACUUCGGGGUAUUAAUAUCUCGAAAAAUUAUUUUAACUAUGUUUUAUUCCUUUUUUUAUCCAAAUUUGCAAUUUUUUAGGAAUCAUCAACGAUUCAUGGAGAUGUAAUUAAGUGACGCUGAGAAUCAAUCGGAUAUGUCGUCGAGUAAUGUAAGUGAAUUGAAAAUAACAUUCGAUUGAUUUCAAAUUAACUAUAUAUUUUUUUAAUAAUUUUUUAGCUUUUUUGUUAACGUUAUCAUUUGCAUUUGUUUGUACCAAAAUUCUGUAAAAUAGCUUGCUCUAUAUUAACGCCUUAAUUAACGCCCUAUUAACUAGUUUAGCGCGGCAGUGAAUGGUGCCUGUAACUCUAAUAAAUCGAUAAUUUUACUACUUAUCUAAUAAUUAUUACAUUAUGAGUCGUCGUAGAGCCGUUUUAAAGAUUGUUCAUUGAUCAACAACGCUAAGUUAGUAUCCUUCCAACAAUAUCGCUAAAAACGGGAGCAUAUUCUGAUAAAAAUUGUUCAAUUCACCAACAGCCAUAUACAUUAACCUAGGUAUUGGAACUCCACUGCUAUGGUUUUUAAAAGUAAUUUAUAUUUACAAAUAUGAGGGCCCAGGAAUUCAUAGAUUUGUACUUUACUUGUGAAAUAGCGUGGCUUUGUAAGUAACGUAUACGUCGAUAAUUACAUUAAGUACAUUGUAAUGUAUUACAUUUAUUAUUCAUUUUCUUUCGACGAAAAAUGAUUUAUAUAAUUAUUUAAACUCGUAAAGUACAUUGCUCAAAUUAAUUAGCGUUAUUAGAAUAUGGUAAUCAAUACCUUUUGCAAUUUGCAACAUGCAUAUAGUAUUUUUUAUUGUCAUAGUAAUUCUGAUCAUAUUUCUCUAAUUAUUUCGAGCAUUGUAAUUGAUCGAUUAGUCGCUAUUAUCUACUAGCUAUAUACAAGUAAGUACCUACUGGCCCGGGUCCCGUUCACGCAAAUCUUGCCUAACUAUUAUUUACACCUCCGUUCUCUGUUUACUUGUUACCUGAAAUAUUUCGAUACAAAUGGAAUCAUAACGUGGCUGUGAUAACGACAUAAGUAUCGAUUAAAACUAACCUUACCAGGCCCGGUCAAAUGAGACCGAUUUCAAAAUUUAAUUUAAAAUUGUACGUCCAUUGUUAUUUCUUCUGUUCAUCUAACUUUAUGUAUAUUAUUAUAUUAACAGAAACUGAGAAACUGAUUGAUCAGAUAAUAUAAGAGUUUGAUGAACAAAAAUAAGAAAUAACAAUGAAUGUAAAUACGUAAAUAUAUAAUGAAUAUAAAAAUUAAAUUUUGACCGGUUC